AUGUCUGAAACUACCGGGACCCCGCCUGUCAAAUUCACAAUCACCCACCACCGUCAACCGCAACAUACCCACGAGGCAUUUAUCGAUUGGAUAGUGAAUGAGCAUUUGCCUCUUGCGAUUCCAGUGUUUGAGAAAUAUGGGGUCAUUGAUUAUUCUCUUUUCGUUACGCCGCCGCCUCUGAAUGAUGGCUUGAAGCAAGAGAUCGGAGGUCUUAGACCGACCUGGGACUUCGCUGAGUGUGACUGUUUUAUUGAAUAUACACUUCCCAGUGUGGAAACCAUCAAAAAUAUCAUGUCGGAUCCAGAAUGGCAGGUUGCGGUUAAAGACCAGGAUCAAUGGGUUGAUGUCCCGAGGGCCUUGGUAUCUCUGGGAUACCCUACCACGUACUUCCGGCAUGGGAAGGCUCUUAGCAUAUCUAAAUAG